AACGUCCUUUACUUAUCUAGGUGCAGGCACGAACAUAUCCAGAGCCGUAAAGUUUUGAAAAUUACAAAAUAUUGAGAGGUUUUAUUGCCGGUGGAAGAAGACUUCAUCCAAUGGACAUAGAGUUCAUAAGGAAGGCAAUUAUGUAUGUCAGAAAAUGGUUUUACAUGUUAUCAACAGUUCCUCGGGAUUUGAGGGCUCUAGUGUGCUACACAAAAUUACAGUGGAAGGUUUGGCAUGCCAAAAGGAACAAUCUCUGUGUUCCUGAACUUUUUGAAACUGUUGCAUAUAAGAAGAGAAAUGACAUUGCAUUCUAUUUUAAAGAUGAGUCUUGGACAUUUUCACAGGUGGAUAUGCUGAGUAAUCAAAUAGGCAAUUACUUUGCCUUCAAGGGAGUGGAGCAUGGGGAUGUCAUUGGCCUUUUCAUGGAGAACCGUGUCCAGUAUAUUUGCAUUUGGCUUGGGCUUUGUAAGAUAGGAGCAAUACCAGCUCUGAUUAGUAGCAGCAUACGCUUGAAAUCUCUUCAGCAUUGCAUCAAAAUGGCAGUAUGCAAGGCUGUUAUCUGUGGAGCAGAGCUUCAGCAAGAAAUCUGUGACAUACAAGAUGAUAAAGAAAUCUCAAAACUUCAGGUCUUUGUGAGUGGUGUUGAUGAGAGGAAGCUUGUAAUCAAAGAUUGGGUGAACUUAGAUGCUGCUGUCUACAAUGGGGAUCCAACUCGCCCAGUGCAACUUCAGUAUGUCAACUUUGGUGAUGACAUGCUUUACAUUUAUACUUCAGGAACAACUGGCUUGCCCAAAGCUGUCAGAAUCACGCAUUCUAGAUUUCUUGUGUUCACAAGCAGCAUAUAUUACUUCAUGAAGCUUGAGCCCAGAGAUGUGAUAUACAACCCCCUCCCUCUCUUCCAUUCAUCAGGGGGCAUGCUGGGAACUGGUCAGGCUUUGUUGUUUGGCUGCUGUACUGUAAUAAAAGAGAAAUUUUCAUCAACAGAGUAUUGGACAGAUGCCAUAAAGUAUGGUGCAACUGCUGGACAAUACAUUGGAGAGAUGUGCCGUUACCUGGUUAAUCAACCAAAGAAGCCAGAGGAUACUAAGCACAAGAUACGUGUAAUGUUUGGCAAUGGGCUACGUCAUCACAUAUGGAAUGAUUUCAAGAAUAGAUUUCAGAUACCCAAGAUUUGUGAGUUUUAUGGCUCCACAGAAGGCAAUGCCAAUUUAAUAAACAUGGAAGGCCACACUGGAGCUGUUGGUUUUCUGCUAUUGACGGCACCUAAAAUAUACCCAGUAGCUCUCCUCAAGAUUGAUAACAAGACCAAAGAAAUUGUCAGAGGAGUCGAUGGAAUGUGCAUCAAGUGUAAACCAGGUGAGCCUGGAGAAAUCAUUGGAAUGAUCAAGAAAAAUUCAUUCAGUAAUUUCGAUGGAUAUGUAGAUGCAGAGGCAACACAACAAAAGAUUAUAAACGAUGUUUUCAAGAAGGGAGACUUUGCAUAUGUAUCAGGUGAUAUUCUAGUGAUGGACAAAAGAGGGUACGUUUACUUUGUAGACAGAACAGGAGACACUUUUCGAUGGAAGGGUGAAAAUGUUUCAACUAUGGAAGUGGAAGAUAUUAUCUACACAGUUACUGGCCAUAAUGAUGUUGCAGUAUAUGGAGUUCAGAUUCCUGGAUAUGAGGGUCGUUGUGGCAUGGCAGCCAUCUUGGAUCAAGAAAAAUCACUUGAUCUGGUAGACUUAUAUGCUGCACUUCAAAUGUCACUUCCAGUCUAUGCCCGCCCUCUGUUUAUCAGGGUGGUUAAGCAUUUGAAGAAGACUGAUACCUUCAAGAUAGAGAAAUACACUCUUCAAGAAGAAGGCUAUAAUCCCAGUAUUGUCAGUGGCCGGCUAUACUUCAUGGACCAAAGUGAUGGAGCUUAUGUUCCACUUACAGUUAGUCUUUACAGUAAGAUAGUAAAUCAUGAGGUAAGGGUAUAGGUUGUAGAGAAAAUACAAAUAGAGAUGAGUGAAGAGGUGGGGUAAUAGUUUGUAAAGGCAAUGUAAUUGAAAUGCUACUGUAUCAUGAAAGCAUUUUUCUCUUUCUUUUAUCACCUUAUAUUUUUCAGGAGAGUAUAUACCAGUUUAAUUUUAUGCAUAGAAAAUACAUGUACUAGGUAAUAUAUAACUAAAUAUUGUACAUACAUCUAAUUUCUGAACAUCUGAGAUUCAUUUGUGCUGCCUUAUAACACUCUUUAGUUGUCUUGUUUUUAUAAUAUUGACUAUCUUAUACACAUGUUAACUGCCUUAUACAAUUUUGUAAUAUGAAGAUGACUCAUCAAAAUGUUUCUAGAGAAUAAUAAUACACAUUUAUUAGUGGUACUUUUUGUGCAAUAAUGGAUUUUUGUUACAUGGCAUAUCAUAGUGUAAUAUUUCUUUAAAUGUUGACACUUUAGCUCAUAAAAAUUUUAUUUUCUGGAAAUGUUUAUUUUCCUGAGGAUAUUAUUGAUAACUUAUUUAUACGAGGAUAUUUUAUUACAUAACCAACAUGACAUUCAGGCUUAGUACAGUUAGCCUAUGAAUAAUGUUUAAAGAAAAAACACUCACAGUAUAUGUAUAUAAAAAUCUUGCCUAUUUUAGUGGGAUCAUGUAUUUAUGAUGCCUUUAUUUCCAGUGUAAAAGUGUUAGAGUUCUGACUUUCUACAUUUUCAAUAAAAAUCUGAAUUCAA